AGUUUGGCGCCACCUGUUCCCGCGCCGCCGCCUCCCUAUUUAGCCCGCGCCACCGCCGCCUCCUCCUCCCCUCAACUCCAACUCCUCCCAGAUUUCUCCCCUUCUCCCACCGAUUGCUCCCGAGAACCCUCUCGACCAUCGCCAUGGCCGCUCCCAACGGCGCCGCCGCCACCGACGCCGUCCACGAGCCUCCCCAGAAGAUCUCCAAGAUCGCGCCCCUGCUCAAGGUGAAGAAGCUCUCCGACAAGGCCGUCCUGCCGUCCCGCGGCUCCGCCCUCGCCGCCGGCUACGACCUCUCGAGCGCCGCGGAGAUGGUGGUGCCGGCGCGGGGGAAGGCGCUGGUGCCCACCGACCUCAGCAUCGCCAUCCCGGAAGGCACCUACGCGCGCGUCGCGCCGAGGUCGGGCCUGGCGCUGAAGCACUCCAUCGACGUGGGCGCCGGCGUGAUCGACGCCGACUACCGCGGCCCCGUCGGGGUCAUCCUCUUCAACCACUCGGAUGUGGACUUCGCCGUCAAGCCCGGUGACCGGAUCGCGCAGAUGAUCAUCGAGGUGAUCGCGACGCCGGAAGUCGCAGAGGUGGAGGACCUCGACGCCACCGUGCGUGGCGAGGGAGGGUUUGGAUCCACCGGCGUCUGAGCCGUGACGGCCCACUUCGCUCGAAGGAGGGAUGGUAGUUUCAUCAGUCUCUAGAUUAGGAUGGCGAUGCAACCUUGGUGUCUUUAGUUGGCUGGAAGCGCUCCUGAAGUCGUGGUGUUAAGCGUGCGUUUGGUUCAGGGACAUCCUGCAACUGAACAUGUCAAGAAGUUUAGGUUGGGUCGGUAGAUGAAUGCAGGAACUGUUAAGAACUUGUUUCUUCAGUGAUCUUAUUGUGCACCUAGUGUGUUGGUCGUUUCUGAAUAUCUGCAUAAUUGCGUGCGUUUCUGCGGACGUCUUUAUUGA